AUGGAACAUCUUUUCUCUUCAUAUCAAUCCCCUCUGGAUCCCCUUGUGUUUGAUUCAGUGAUUGAGCCUUCUGCUAAUAAGCCGUUGGACAUGGAAACAAAGGCAAAUCUUGAAUUAUGGACAAAUGCCCAAUUUACAUACGAUAUUCAGCCAGGAAGUGGUCUUCCUGAUGAAUCAAUCAAAUCUACGCUGUCCUCAGUGUCAAGCCCAGAAUCUAUUGCUACUACCUUUAGUAGCAGUAGUCCGUCAACUAUCACUUAUGAAAGCUUGGCCAAUUACUUGGAUUUCGAGCUUCCUCAGCAGCAUUUAACAUCACAGCUCGUUGCACCGCCACGACAACAGCCCCAACAGCAGCCCCAACAGCAAGUACAGCAACAACAUCAGCAGCGUCAAGCGCCGCAAUUACUACUGCCAAAGAUCUCGCCCAAUACAACCCUCGAAGAAAUCGCCAAAGUGUUACUCUCCAAUAUACCCAAUACUGCAACGACCGUAACUGCAUCUAAAGUUCCCAUGACAUCAACUACAUCAAUGACACACCCAGCAAAAGUAAGCAAAGAGAAAUCAGCUGUCGAAGAAGACAAAAGAAAGCGAAAUACAGCAGCAAGCGCCAGAUUCCGUAUCAAGAAGAAGCAAAGAGAGCAAUCAAUGGAAAAGACUGUACAAGAAAUGACUGAGAAAUCAACAGGUCUGGAAAACCGAGUGAAAGAACUAGAGCUCGAAAUCAAGUUCCUCAGAGGCCUUUUGAUUGAAAAGAAGCAAGAAGAGGCAAAAGAAUCUAACGAAUAG